UAUGUUGCAAAGGUUAUAUAUGAUGAUAGAAUGAUUAUAUUAAGGUUGAAUAGGACUUUUAUUGAUAUUUUCUUACAUCCCGAACAUUUGUUACGCAAACUUCCACGUGGAAUUGAUCUGAGUGAGCAAGAUUGCUUGAAGAUCAUUGAUAUAAUCGAGUCAGUCUAUCCAUCAUUUGGGUCAAACUUACGAAAAUUGGUUAAUAGUAAUAAUCUUGACGAAAAAGAUUGUAUCCCAUACGACAUUAUGACAGGUCGUACAACGUCAAUAGUUGGAUCCGACGGGAAAAAGCGAGAACAACCAUAUAGUAUUAAUCAUGGAAGUGAUUCAGAUGAAUGGGUGACGCGUAAAAACUUGGCUCGAUACAUCGCAAUAUGUAGAGAUUGGUUUUUCGAGCGUGGAAUCACUCUACAAUCUAAAGCCUUCAAAGAAGGGUUUAACCGGGUAUUUCCCAUUGAAGUAAUGCGGGAAUAUACCGCGACAGAAUUUGCAUUAUAUUUUCUACAUCAAGGAGGCGAUGGAGAUUGGAGCAUAGAAACAUUGCGCCAGUAUGUCCAGCCAUAUGAUGCGAACACAAGCAACGAAGAAGUUGAGAAAAUAAUCCAAAUAAUGGCAGAAUAUGAUACGGACAACCGAAAGCGAUUUUUACGUUUUACGACGGGAAGCUCGAAACUUCCGAUCGGAGGAUUUGAAGCCUUGAAUCUCAAAGUAUUCAGAGAUUCCGGUUUGGAUGAACGUGCAUUACCCAAGGCUCGUACAUGUUUCAAUAGGCUUAUUAUUCCACCAAAUAAUUCGAAAGAGGAAUUAGUUAGAAAGUUGGAAUUUGCAUUUGCAAAUUGCCCUGAUAUUGAUCGAGGAUAA